GGGCCGCUUGGCGCCAGGAGGCGCAAUCCAUGUGGCUCAUCGCGGACGGGUCGCAGACCUUGGGCCGCCUUCCCGUGCCGGGCAGCGAGGGCCCGUACACCGUCGGGCGGCACGAGUCGGCCGACGUCACCGUCACCGGCGACAAGUCCAUAUCGCGCAAGCACCUGGAGCUGCGUGUGGGCGAGGACGGCCGCACCCUCAGGCUGACCGACCUCGGCUCCAAGUUUGGCACCUCCGUGGACAACUCCAAGGUUGACCCAGGCGGGACGGCCAGCCUCGUCGACGGGGCCUCGCUCUCGCUCGGCGCAAAGGUGCUGACGGUGCGGCACGAGCCGCUCGUGCUCUGCUACUCGGGGCUGUCCAAGGCGGACACCGAGGUGGUGCAGGCCGCAGCCGCGCGGCUCGUCGGCGUGAGCGCGAGCAAGGAGUGGGCCGACGGCCACACCUCCCACCUCGUCAUGUCCAAGAUCAAGCUGACGCCAAAGCUGAUGCUGGCGCUCGCGCACGGCUGCCCGGUGGUCGCGCCUGCCUGGGUGGAGCGGGUGGCCGCGCGCAAGGCCGCCGCCGAGCCGCUGCCUGACCCGAGCGCCGUGGGCUGCUCCCCCACCGACGCGACCCAGCCGGACAUCCCGGCCGGCUGCCACGCCGUCCGUCCCGAGAGGAGGAGCCUCUUCCGAGGCAGGAAGCUGGCGGUGCUGCCUGGCGGGGAGGCGUCGAGCCGAGGGCACACGGUGUCGCUGCUCUCGCUCAUGGGCGCCGAGGUGGUCGAGGCGGACCAGGCCGAUGCCGCCUCGCUCUCGUCGCACGUCUCUGCCGGCUUCGAGUUUGUGAUGCCCGAGGGCGUGAGCGCGGAGAGCACCCUGGCGGACCUCGCCGCGGCGGGCGGCCGCGCCUUCAACGCCGGCCUCGUCCGCCUCGUCUUGCUCCACGCCUCCCUCGACCACUUCCAGCCCCUCCCCACCCCCGCACCGCCGCCCGCCGCCGCCGCGCCGCCUGCAGCCGCCAAGCCAGCCUCCAAGCCGCCCGCCAAGCCGCCGCCGGCCCCCAGACCCGCCCCCGACCCCGCCUCUGCGGCUGCUGCCUCUGCGGCUGCUGCCGCCUCCCCGGCCAUCGGAGGCGGCAGCGGCGGAGGGGGCGGAGGCGGAGGCGGCCAAGCCUUCCUGCGCGACAUGACGCCCGUCUCCACGCGGGUGUCGCCCACUGCUGCUGCGCCGACGGAGGAGGCGGGGCCUGCGGAGACGCAGAUUCCGACGCCGGUCGAGGCGGCCGCGCUGCCGGGGAGAGCGCGGCAGCCGGGGGCGAGCCAGCGGCGAGCGAGGCGCGUGGUGGUUGCGUGAGUAGGCUGCAGUCUACGACGAGGUGGUCGACAGUGCAGUCGCGCCGCGCAAGGAGGAGGAGGGCGGCGAGGGGGCGGACAGGCCCGCGAGGCUGCCGGGCGGAGUGUGGCGCGUGCGGGCUCACGCGCCGGGAGGUGUGAACGACUUCUUCUCGAGGCCCGGCGGCGCGGCCAGCGGCACGGACCCCAAGAUGCCGAGCGUGGCUGCCGACGUGGUGGGCAAGCGGACUGCGGUGGAGCCGAGCGCGCUGGUCGGCAAAAAGCACUUUCAAAAGAACGCCGUGCGGCAGGGCCGCUCGCUCGGCGUCGAGCUCGAGGUCGAGGUGCUCGGCACGGGCUCCGAGUGGCAGGCGGACGCCACGCGCCGCGCCGGCUACGAGGAAGGCGCCGCAAACGAGGCCGACGCCCUGUUUGAUGAGGCGACCGCGGCCCGGCCGACCAAGCGGUCCCGCCGCUGAGGCCCCAUUGCGAUUGCCUCCUCCGCGCGCGGCUCACAACAACGUCGAGGCGCGGCAGCCGCUGGGGGUCGAGACGCAGAGGCUGCGAGACGGGAGUUCAACGGGAAGUCCUCUUGCACGCCCCGGUGCAUGUACGUAGAGAGAGUGGAUAUUUAGUUGAGUCAGGUCAAACUGGUCCGCAAGGAGCUUGAGGGUAGCUGUAGCUACGCGGUGUUGUCGAGUGUCGGUCGGCUUUCCAAAGCCGAAGCUUGGUUACCGAAGAAAAUUCUGUAUUCUCCAAA